UAGUAUAAAUAGAGAAGCAUAGGGCACACUGACACACAGAACCAAAAAAGCUGUUAAAUUUUCUGUAAAAAGAGAAGUGAAUAAUUUGGUUUGGUUUAGUUAGUUGAGCGAGAGAGAAAGAGAGAGAGAAAAAAUGGGUAGAGGAAGAGUGGAGCUGAAGAGAAUUGAGAACAAAAUCAACAGACAGGUGACCUUUGCAAAACGAAGGAACGGACUUUUGAAGAAAGCCUACGAGCUUUCCGUCCUUUGUGAUGCCGAGGUUGCACUCAUCAUCUUCUCCAAUAGAGGAAAGCUGUACGAGUUUUCCAGUACUUCAAGCAUGCUCAAAUCCCUAGAGAGGUACCAGAAAUGCAACUAUGGAGCACCAGAGCCGAAUGUAUCCACAAGGGAAGCCUUGGAGCUGAGUAGUCAGCAGGAAUACUUGAAGCUCAAGGCACGUUAUGAAGCCCUACAACGAUCCCAAAGGAAUCUUAUGGGAGAAGAUCUUGGCCCUUUAAGCAGCAAAGAACUCGAGUCACUUGAGAGACAGCUAGCUGUUUCACUGAAGCUAAUCAGAUCAACACGGACGCAGUACAUGCUGGAUCAGCUCAAUGAUCUUCAACGUCAGGAACAUGUGCUUAAUGAAGCAAAUAAGUCACUUAAACAAAGGUUGAUGGAAGGAUACGAACUCCAACUGAAUCCAAGUGUCAACGAUAUGGGAUAUGGCCGACAACAUGCUCAACCUCAGAGUGAUUUCUUUCAUCCCUUAGACUGUGAACCCACGUUGCAUAUUGGGUAUCCGUCCGAACAAGCAGUAUCAGUCGUCACUAAUUCAGCCCCAACCUUGAAUAACUACAUGUCAGGGUGGAUGCCAUGAUAAGAAGGGCAUGGCCAGACAUGGUUUGCUUCAGGCAUUCCUUCCAUAAGAAUCAGCAUAUUCAUCUUUUUUUUAUGUCCUUUUGAUGAAAGGAACAUUUGUAAUGGUAUGUAUUGGUGUGGAACUAUGCUUUUAAGUUUUAACUGUCUACAUGUAGUGUGUGCCCAAGUACUGCUCUUCCUUCUUUCAGCAGUUACAUAAGAUAUUUGAGAAUAAUUAA